CGUAGAACAUAAAAAAAACUGCAAGAGAGGAGUUUGAAGGUACCAUUGCAUUGCAUUGGGAUGGAAGAUCUCGGUAUUUCUUUGCUGUUGCUGACGGUCGUGGUGCUCGUAAGCGAAGCUACAAGGAUAACGACCACGAAAUUUGUCUCCCGGAAGGAUUAUGCAAUUUAUUUGACUGAAAUAAUUUCGACUUUUCAGCUGUGCGCCUGCACCCAUGAGCUGAAACUGCUUGGCGAGGUGGGCCAAAUUGAGUCGCAUAUAGGAUUAACUCUCACGUAUAUAGCUACGGUGAUCCACACACUGACAUUUCACGAAGCUAUUGGCAAUCCAUCAGGGACUCUCGAGCGCGUUUACCGCAGGAACCUCAGCGGAAAGAGCGCCUUGGCACUGAUCGGCUGUCAGUUUAUUGCGGCUACAAUGGCAAACGCUGUAGUAGCACAGGUCUGGGCAUUGGGACUUUCCGAUUUGCACCACAGGCACAAACGGUUUGGGUUCAAAUGCACUAGUCCAAUUCAUGCGGCCCUGCCUACAGCAGUGGCCGUGGAGUUGGCUUGCGCGUUUGUCGUGCAAACCGCUGUGACACAAAUGCACAGACUGGACGAAAAAUACCGAGUUCAUGCCAUGGCUGCAGUGGUGACAGCCCUAGUUUACGCAGGAGGCAGUGUCACGGGAGCGGUGUUCAACCCGGCGCUGGCUUUCUCCAUCCAGUUUCCAUGUAGCGGAAACACGUUUAUGGAGUAUUCCCUUGUCUACUGGCUGGGACCAGUUUUGGGUAUGGCCAGUUCUGUUCUGCUCUUUGACAAAAUCACCCUGCUGUUGUCUCGGAAAAGUGUCUACCAAAAGGACGCAGACUUGCUUGACUCCAACUAUAAGAAAAUACAGUGAAACUGUAUUUCAAAACUGUAUUUUGUGUUUCAAAACUCCAAACCACAGACACAUAGUUUUUCAUCUGCAGUAUCUACAAGCCACUACCUCUGUUUGGAUGCUUUGCCUUUGACAUGGUGGGGUUUUACUUCUAGCACCUUACAAAAAUAGUAUGUUUUUAAACACAAUCACAUUUUCUCUGGUGGAAGUAAUGCCAUUUCAUUAUUGAGUGAUAAAAAUAAGAUACUUUCCUUUCUUGCAGGAACUUCUCAUUUAGUGAGCUCCCACUUCUGAGGGCUGCUUAGUUAAAGCCAAAAAACAAGGAAACAUAUUUUAGCCUAGUAGAAUAACACCGCAAAGAUGGCUGUACAAUCCUAUCCAAAUCCUGCAUAGUUAAAUACAACCAUAUGACCCUACUUAUGUGUGCUCACAAGAAAUUGCAGAGGUGGCCAGCAAUGUUAUACUGUUAUUACUAUGGUGUGAAUAUUGUGAUAUUGUGAAUCACGGUGGAACAAUAUGAUAAUGCUGCUACAAUGUUACAGUGAUGUAUGCUAGCUGGAGACAUGUUUGGUAUCAAAGGAUAAAGAGUAUAUAACUGCAUAAUGCUAUUGGUGCCUUGAGAAUACAGACAGAAAAUACUUUACCCACCAGGCAAGCAGGACUGUGCCAAAGUAAGAGUCAGACUCUAAUCUGAACCAUUCAUCAUCAGUAAUUCAUUG